UUUCAUGACCAAAAGACCCAAAAAAAAAAAAGAACCGCUCCGAACUAAUUUGUAACUCUCCUGUGAUCUAUGGCUAUGAUUAUCAACUUGACAGAGAACGUGAGACGGGAAGACAAAAACUUCCGAUCUAACAAAAAGUCUAAAACCACAGCCUAAUUUUGAAUCAAAUUCGUUGACUGACCCUCCUCAGUUAUACCCUCUCUCUAUGCAGAGAGAGCGACUCUGAAUUUGCUCGAUCUGUAACCACCAUGCCAUUGAAGUCCCUCAACGUCUUCACCAUCUUCUCCAUGUUAGGCUUCACUUUCUUGAUCCUCUUCAUCUCGGGCUUCCUCGACUUCCCAUCAGUAUCAAACUCCAUAAUUCAACCCAUCAACCAACAACCCACUUCGUCUGGGCCCGAAUCCGGACCCGACCCAUUUACCAAUUUGAUCAGCGCCUUCAGGAAGUGGGAUUCUCAAGUGGGUUGUGCCCGGUUCAAGGAGAAGCAAAUUGGGUUUGUCUCGGUUCAGUCAAAUGGGUCUUCUUCUUUGCAAAAGGUUGGUGGUGAGUCUGAACUUGAAUGCCGUGAGCUGAAAAUGAAGCAUGUGAGUGUUUUGGUGAAAGGUUGGACUUGGAUCCCUGAUAAUUUGGACAAUUUGUAUUCGUGUCGAUGUGGAUUAAGCUGUUUGUGGACUAAAUCUUCUGUUCUUGCUGACAAGCCUGAUGCCUUGUUCUUCGAGACCACUACUCCUCCGCUUCAGAGACGCAGUGGAGAUCCGCUUCGUGUAUACAUGGACCUUGAGGCUGGCCGAAAGCGGUCAGGGGUAGAUGAUAUAUUUAUUAGUUAUCAUGCCAAAGAUGAUGUUCAGGCAACCUAUGCUGGUGCACUCUUUCAUAAUGGUCGAAAUUAUCAUGUGUCUUUUUCUAAGAACAAUGAUACACUUGUAUAUUGGUCUUCAUCACGUUGUCUUCCUCAAAGAAAUCGGCUUGCCAAGCAGCUUCUCAGUUUGCUACCUCAUCAUUCAUUUGGCAAGUGUUUGAACAAUGUUGGUGGCCUAGACAUGGCCCUAUCUCUCUAUCCUGAGUGUGCCAAUGAUGCCAGUGUCACACCAAAAUGGUGGGACCAUUUACAUUGUGCAAUGUCUCACUACAAGUUUGUUCUGGCCAUUGAAAACACUGCAACAGAGAGUUAUGUGACAGAGAAGCUAUUUUAUGCUCUAGACGCAGGUGCAGUACCUAUCUAUUUUGGUGCCCCAAAUGUCUGGGACUUGGUCCCCCCACAUUCAAUUAUAGAUGGGUCUAAAUUCAACUCCUUGGAGGACUUGGCUUCUUACAUUAAAUCUCUUGCUAAUGACCCAGUAGCCUAUGCAGAGUACCAUGCUUGGAGAAGAUGUGGUGUACUGGGUAACUAUGGAAAGACCCGUGCAGUGAGCCUUGACACAUUGCCAUGCCGGUUGUGUGAGGCUGUUAGCAGAAAAGGUGGGAGAAAUGCUAAAGCCUCUUGAAUUUUGGUGCUUCAUUUUUUUUAAAUUCUUGAGUUCUUCACUUCUUUGUGAUGGUCAUCAUAGUUGAUCCUAGGAUUUUGGGUCCUCAUGCCAGGGUUAUUUUUAGGUGUAUACAGGCAAGAAUGACAUGUUGUAGAAAUAUGGAAUACGAAUAGAGUAUACGGUUGAGAAAAAAGAUGAUGUUAGCCCGAAUCCAACCUAAACCUAUUCAAUUUGUUUAGUCCUAUGGAUUAUGGAGCUUAGAGAUUGCAACAAAAGAAUGCAUUUUUUAUUUUUA